UGAUCCGCUCAUUCACAAUCGUAACAUGGUUUCAGUCAAAUAGAUUGUAGGUUCCACCUAUAUUCGUUCAUUUUUGUUGCCACCGUACGGUGUCUACGUGCAGCAAACUCACCUCGAGACGGCUGCUCCGUGUGUUUUGUGUUCCUUUUCAAGUCAGCUUCGCCUGUUCGCGUCACGUGUGUAGAAAUCCGAAAGAGGAAAAUACCUCGAUUCCAGCGGCAGUAAUGAAGAUGAACAAUUACAAGGACAUAAUAGUCGAGAUCAAGGGCCAGAUCGGCAUCAUAAAGUUCAACCGGCCCAAAUCAUUGAACUCAUUCGGCGGCAAGCUGAUCGUCGAGACGAUCGACGCCAUCAGAAAGCUAAAUGAGCACCCAGACACAGUCUUCACAGUUCUUACGGGAGAGGGUCGCUUUUUCUCUGCCGGCGCAGAUGUUCGGGGUGUCGCCGGUGCGGCGGCCAUGUCCUUUGACAACAUCGCGGAGAAGAAGAUUGGCUUCCUGAACAUGUUCACCUCAGGCCUCGAGAUCGUGCGGUCCAUCGUGGACCACGACAAGAUCUUCGUGCUUGCGCUGAACGGACCAGGCGUCGGUGCUGGCGGUGCCUGGUUCCAAGGUAUUGCCGACAUCGUCCUCGCCUCCAAGGAGGCCUAUCUGCAGAUACCCUUUUCCGCGCUCGGCCUCGUGCCGGAGAACGGCUCCGCGGUUGCGUUCGCGCAGCACAUGGGCGUGCACCGCGCCAACGAGUUCUUCAUGUUCGGCAAGAAGCUGACGGCGACCGAGCUGGAGACGUACGGUCUGGUCAACAAGGUGUUCCCCCACGAGGGGUUCCACGACGCUGUCAUCAAGUACCUGGAACAGCAGCUCGAGGUCAACGAUGGGAAGAGCAUGAUGGAAACGAAGAGGCUGCAGAACGCGCCGUUGCGCGACCAGCGCAUGCUCGCGGCGUAUAACGCGUUCGACGCGCUUGCAGAGCGCUUCGUAGCGGACGCGCCGGCGCUGAGAUUUGCGAAGAAGAGAGCGGAGUUGGAGGCGAAGAGCAAGGCAAAGUCGAAGAUCUGAGCCUUGGCACGUUGAGUCUGUAAACGAAUGCAUGCAGCAAUCAAAACGGGGCGUUCUGUUGUAUGACAGAUUGGCUUGCAGACGUAGAGUUCAAUUCGAAAGGUUAUAGACACGCAACGGCCGUUUAUUUUAUGGUCGGGCUGGAUAUGAUCUUUGCUGCUUUCACAUUCACCUUCACGACCAGGCUUACCGUGGUAGGAAAGCACCACAGGAAAGAAGGAAAAGGAUGGAAGCACCAUCAUCGAUACUCAAUCGUUAGCUAAUCGAACAUCUACAAUGUUAUAUAUACA